AUGAAAAGGUUUUUAGUGGCAAGAACACCCUUUGCCAAGAAUAGCGAAAAUGGAAAAAAUUCAGAAUUAUCUGCUGAAACAACUGCGAAGAGACUUCGUUGUGAAGCGUCAAGCUCCUGUGAAAAUACAGUCAACCGAAGCUCUCUCGAUGAAAGUGGAGAGAGUGUUGAACAAUCCACCCCUCAAGUAGUUGUAAAUAGAAAUGACAUCGGAAAUUUUGUCGACACACGUUUAAGUGAAUCCCAAGCGUUCAAUUUAUUAAAAAAUGUUUGGGUGCCAUCUAAAGAUUAUGCGUUUCCGUUUCUGCAAAAGUUCGAAGCUCGAGGAUUAAAGUUUUGUUAUAAAUGGCUGGAAGAAUUUUCCUGGCUUGCCUACUCAGAAUUGCACCAGGGUGCAUUUCGUAUUUCAUGUGUAGCAUUCGCUAAAAGUGGUGGCAAGGGAUCGCAAACUUUGGAUCAAUUAGUAAAAACGAAAUUCGACAAUUGGAAAAAAGCAAAAGAAACUUUUCAAGAACAUCAGAAAAAAUCUUAUCAUAUACAUGCAAUUGCUGACCGUGAUAAUUUUUUGCGCAUUGUGCAAAAUCGAGAAGAAUCUAUUGAAAAUCUAAUCGAUGAGUCCCGGAAACAGCAAAUCUUGAAAAAUAGACAAAAUAUGAUUCCUGUCGUUGAAGCAAUAAUAGUUCUUGGACGACAAGAGUUGGCUUUGCGUGGACAUCGUGACAGUGGAAAUAUUGUUAUUCAAGACGACUUUACUGGACCGAACGAAGGAAAUUUCAGAGCUUUAUUAAAGUAUAGAGCAAAGGGAGAUCCAAUUCUUCGUAGCCACCUAGAAGGUCCAAGAAAACGGGAUAAAUUUACGAGUCCGUCUAUACAGAAUGAAAUUAUCGACGCUUGUUAUGAAAUUUUGACCCAAAAGGCAAUGUCUAAAAUCAAAGCUGCAAAAUUUUACUCAAUUUUGACGGAUGAAACACAAGAUUUGACUACCAUCGAGCAGGUUACACUGUGCAUUCGAUAUGUGAGCGGGAAAAACGAAGGCCAUCAUAUUGUGUGUGAAGAUUUUUUGAGGUUUUUUUGA